AUGCUUCGAACAUCUACCGCGACCGAAGAAUUUACCGAACUUCCCAUUUCUAUUCCUCCACUUCCAUCCUUUCCGGUCGAAGCAAUACAUUCUACCUAUCUUCGGCGGAAUACCCCUAAAAUACCAACUCCAAAUGAUUCCCGAAGCCUCUUUAUCGCCAACGUUCCUUGCGAUAGUACUGUAGAGCAUUUUCGAGCUUUAUUCGCUAGUCUAGUCGGACCAGGUAAAUUCGAGACCAUCACCUUUGAACAUGACAAGAAACCCUUAUGGCCUACCCAUGAGCCUGCCCAGGCCACAAGAUUAGCUGCGCAUGGCAAGAGGAAAAGAGAAGAGGAAGAGAUGCAACACGUUGAAAUCAAAGCCCGAGCUGCCUUACCUCCCACAUGGUCGCGAAAAGUAUAUCCCAGUGGUAGUUCUGCUGUCGCCUUGUUCGCCGACGAGAAGAGCGCCGGGUUGGUCCUAAAAGCUGCCAAGAAGCUGAAAAAGCCAAAACAUUAUCCUGUUUGGGGCAAAGGUGUUAGGGAUAGCGAUAACGCGCCUCUAGGUUCUCAAUGGCUAGUAAAUCAUAACAUCCUGGCCUUCCCAGAUAAAGAUGAAGUCCAGGCCUCGACGGAUGCCUACUUUACUCUUUUUAACAAGAUGGAGAAAGAAGCGCGUCAACUUGCCAAGAGGCUCCGUAAUGAACCAGAUGAAGAUGGUUUUGUAACGGUCACACGAGGCGGUCGUGCUGCGCCAGCUAGAAGGGACGAGGCCGAAGAAGCCAGGCAGAAGAUGAUCGAAAGAGAGCAGAAGAAGAAGGAUGAAAUGACAAAUUUCUACAGGUUCCAGAUGCGUGAGAAGAGGAAAGCUGAGCAGACCGACAUGCUACAGAGAUUUGAAGAGGAUAAGAAGAAAGUACAAGCUAUGAAAGAGAAGCGAGGGAGGUUUAGGCCCGAGACCUAA